AUGGAGAAGGUCUGUGACAAAUGUCCAAAUGUUAAAUAUGAAAGAGAUGGUCAUUUCAUCACUGUUGAUAUUAAGAAAGGCAUUCAAGAUGGGCAGGAAGUGCUAUUUUUUGAGGAUGGUGAGCCCAUAAUUGAUGGAGAGUCUGGAGAUCUAAGGUUUCGUAUCCGCACAGCAGCCCAUGACCUCUUCAGAAGGGAAGGCAAUGACUUGCACACCACUGUCACUAUAACACUGGUUCAAGCAUUUGUCGGCUUUGAGAAGACUGUUAAACACCUAGAUGAGCAUCUGGUGGACAUAAGGACGAAGGGAAUCACAAAUCCAAAGCAAGUGACGAAGUUCAAAGGAGAGGGCAUGCCAGUGCAUAUGAGCACAAAGAAAGGAGAUCUUUACGUCACGUUUGAGGUUCUGUUCCCAAACUCACUAACAGAGGAGCAGAAAACAAAUAUAAUAGCAAUUAUUGCUUAG